CACUCCCGCGCGGCGCUGGUCGGCGGGCUCUGGGCAGCUCUGGGUCCGGCCUGCAGUCCAGCCGGGGGCCCCCUCUGGUCCUGCCGUCCAGCCGGGGCCCCCUCGGGUUCUGCACUGAAGCCGGGGCCCCCUCGGUUUCUGCACUGAAACCCGGGCUCCCUCGGGUCCUGCACUGAAGCCGGGGUCCCCUCGGGUUCUUCACUGAAGCCGGGGGCCCCCUUGGGUCCUGCACUGAAGCCGGGGUGCCCCCUGGGAUCACCCCGUCCGUCGGGCCUAUGGCCGCCAUCCAGGCGCUGCAGCAGUGGUGCCGGCAGCAGUGUGAGGGCUACCGCGACGUGACCAUCAGCAACAUGACCACCUCCUUCCGUGAUGGGCUGGCCUUCUGUGCCAUCCUGCACCGACACCGGCCCGACCUUAUAAACUACGACACACUCAGGAAAGAGAAUGUCUAUGAGAACAACCACCUGGCCUUCCGAGUGGCCGAGGAGGAGCUGGGUAUCCCGGCCCUGCUGGAUGCGGAGGACAUGGUGGCCCUGAAGGUGCCCGACCGGCUGAGUGUGCUCACCUACGUGUCCCAGUACUACAACUACUUCCACGGCCGCUCCCCCAUUGGGGGCCUGGCGGGAGUGAAGAGGCGCUCGUGGGACUCAGAGCCACAGCCCUCGGUGAAGAAGACGCCAGCCGCACCAGCGGGACCCCCGCCCGGCCCCACCCGUGGGUCGCUGUCUCCUGUCAGCACCAAUGCCACUGUCCUGAGGAAGGAGGCCGCCCAAGCCCCGACCCUCAAGACUGGAGAGUCUCUGUGUGGGGUCUGCAGGCAGCACGUACACCUGGUGCAGCGCCACCUGGCGGACGGACAGCUGUACCACCGCAGCUGCUUCAGGUGUAAGCAGUGCUCCAACACGCUUCGCCCAGGUGCCUACCGGGCCACAGGGGAGCCUGGAGUCUUCGUCUGCUCUAGCCAUGCUGCCAGCCCCCCGCAGGGCCCCCCGCCUCCCAACAUCCCUGGGAGGCCGGGCAGGCUCAGAGCCGAGGGACCUGUGCAGGGCAGUGUUCCAGUCCAUGCCGCCCUGCCUACCACCCACCGCCAGGCCUCACCUACCGCCCAAGUCCCCAGCACUGGCCCACCUGUCCCCGGACCCCCUGCAUCCCAGGUGCCCAGGGCCAGCGGCUCCCCAGAGGUCCCUCGGGGCCCCAUCUCCAGUGGCACAGCCCCCCAGGCCUGGCCAUGCUCCAGUGCUGGGUCUCCGGGCCCUAUGGCCCCUGCCUGGACCACCUCAGCCUCCAAGACACAGCAGGCGCGCGAGAGGUUCCUGAAGGCUCCCCCCAGUGGCGCCCCCCCCAGCCGGGACCCGGCAGCCCUGGGGGACAGUGGCAGGGAGCAGGCUCGAAGCUUCCUCCAGAAAGCCCUCCCUGGGGCUGGGAGCCCUGGCAGACCCUCCCUGGCUAUGCCCGCUGCUCCGGCACCCCACCCCAGGACCCCGGGACCCCACGCCCGACCAUUGGCAGAGCCGCGCCCCACAGACCCCCAGCCCACCAGCCCCCCGGCCAGGCCUGAGACACUGGCGUCCCCAAGUGUGGGCACCCCCCAGCGGGCAUCCACACCAUGCCAGGCAGGCAGGGGGCGCUCAGCCUCCUCGGGGGCCAGUGGGGUGAAGACUGGGGUCCCACAGCUCAGAGGCCCAGCAGAGGACCUGCUAGACGGGCCGGCAGGUUGGAGGGCCCGGCUCAGGCCUGUGGACAAGAGCCCAGGGCAGAGGGCUGUGGAGCAGAAGGAGCCGUCCAGAGUGGGCAAGGCACCCCAGAAGGCCUCAGGGCGUCCUGAGGGUGGCGUCCACAGCACCCUGACCCCUGUGAGGCCUACAGGCACCAGCCCUCCCUUGGGGCCUGGGCCCAGCUCCCCAGCCGGGUCUCCAUGUCCCCGUAGGAGGCUGGCCGUCUCCCCCAGCCUGGAUCUGUCUACAGACUGGCUUCAGCCCUCACCCUCACGGCCACCUGGCUCCACAGGGGUGCCGAGGGAGGAGAGACCUCAGCUUCCAGGCAGCCCAGGCAGGGCCUCCUCCCCGCAUAGCAUGUCAGUGACGUUGCCUGUUCGGGUGAGUGAUGGGGAGGGGGGCCCGGCCCAGGCACAGCAGGGGAACACUGACUGGCUGACCACAGCCUGUCCCCAGCUGCACCCCAACUACCUGCCCCCUGAGGAGAUUCAGCGGCAGAUGCAGGACAUCGCUCGGCAGCUGGACGCCCUGGAGCAGCGUGGUGUGGAGCUGGAGAAGAAGCUGCGGGCGGCUGAGGGAGAUGCAUCUGAGGACGCCCUCAUGGUGGACUGGUUCUGGCUGAUCCACGAGAAGCAGCAGCUGCUGCGGCUGGAGUCGGAGCUCAUGUACAAGGCCAAGGACCAGCAGCUGGAGGAGCAGCAGCUGGACCUGCAGGAGGAGCUGCGGCGGCUGAUGGCCAGGCCCGAGGCUCUCAAGUCACCCCAGGACCGGCGGCGGGAGCAGGACCUGCUGGACCAGUAUGUGAGCACCGUGAAUGACCGCAGUGAGAUCGUGGACUUCCUGGAGGAGGAUCGGCUCAGGGAGCAAGAGGAGGACGAGGCGCUGCAGAGUACCAUCCAGAAUCUGGGCCUUCGGAGAAGCAACACAGGGGACAGGAAGAAGCCCAAGUCCCGCCUAUCCCGGCUCUGGUCCCUAAAGGGCAGGAACAGCUCACCCGAGUGAUGUCCCCAGGCCUCCCCAGGACUGAGUGGUCUCAAUAAAGACAGUGACCUUUGGGA